AUUUUUAUCUAAUAGAGCCUUAGAGGAAGCGAUUUCCAUUGAACGUUCCACACCUUUGCCUCUCGAAGCUCUUGAUUGUUUUAAAGUUAGAGGAUUAGAAAAGAAUUGGGCUGAAAUUACAAAAGAUGGGAGAGAAGAAGGGAUUACUCCCUUAGAACACCUUGCAAACCAUCUGAAACAAGCACAGUUUGAGAUAGAAACAAAAACAGACACAAAAGACGAGGACAUUGGCCAAGAAGAACAAUAA